AUGAUGGUGUGUCCGCAUAUGGAGCAGGUGAUCCAGACGGCGAAGGUGGGCGAUGCAGUGGUGAAAGAGUGCAUCACAGUACGAUAUCUGAUCCGCAACUGCGAUGCCAAGAGCAGGUACCUGCGGGCAAUGCGGUGCUCGGAGUGUUUCCAGAUCAAUUGCGGUAGCAGCUUCAUGUGCCUACAGUGUGGAUUCGUUGGGUGCUGGAAUGAGAGCCACUUUCUGCAUCACAGCAAAAAAGUGGGACAUAUCUUCGGCGUGAAUGCAACGAACGGGCUGCUGUUCUGCUUUCGAUGCAGGGACUACAUCAGCGACAACGAGUUUGUGCAUAUGGACAUUAUGCCGAAGCAUUGGAACGAGGUGUUGCGCCGGAGCUCCAUACCCGCGCCGCACCGCGGCGAAGGGCUGCUUGGGUUGGUGAACAUGGGCUCGACAUGCUUCAUGAGCAGCGUGAUUCAGACCUUCCUGCACCUGCCGCAUGUGCUGCAGUACAUGCUGGAGCGGCUACACUACGCCACCUGCGAUGUGCAGGACAGUUUGUCGUGUAUCUCGUGCGCUGUGGACGAGAUCGUUGCGAACCUGUACGGGCAGGUCAAGGAGGAGGCGGCUUCCGGCGUGGCGGGCCCAGGCGCUUCUACGCAAGCGCUCUCGCAGUCUCUGUCCAAGCAACAACAAGGCUUCAUCAACUUGCUGACCUGUUCGUGGAAGAUCAACAGGAACCUAGCCGGGUACUCGCAGCAGGACGCCCACGAGUUUUGGCAGUUUCUGCUAAACCAACUGCAUACAGACUACAUCAGGAUACACGGGCCUCCAUCCAAAAAGUCAGCUUGCGGUUGUAUCCUGCAUAUGUUGUUUCAAGGCUACCUUGAGUCCAGCAUUGUCUGCUCGGAGUGUCACGGAAACAAUAAAACCACCGUCGAUCCCAUUAUGGAUCUUUCCCUCGGAAUUCAGAAUAAAUCCACCCUGCAUGAAUGUUUGGAUUCUUUUCAUAGAAGGGAGUCACUAACGGAUUUUAAUUACUGCUGCAAAAACUGUAUGUCCACUAGCAAUCCGAUCCGACAGCUUUCCAUGGCUAAGCUCCCACCGGUCCUAAUGCUGCAGUUGAAGCGCUUUGAACACCUAAUAAAUGGCACCAGUGUUAAAAUUAACGACUAUAUUUCUUUUCCGUUGCAUCUAAACAUGAAGGACUAUUGCAAACCUAUGGACGAUCAGCAUCCUGUUCCAAACAUGACCUUCAAGCUUUCGGCUAUCAUUUCCCAUCAAGGCACCGUUGACAAGGGCCACUAUACCACCAUUUGCAGGAUAAAUGGCGACGUGUGGGCCAAGUUCAACGACUCCAUGGUCACCCUGAUUUCCGAGGAAGACAUGUUAAAGGAACAAGCAUACCUUUUAUACUACGUUAUUAGCUAA